GCCCCGCCCGCUCCGUGCCGUCGCGACCGCCAUGUUAGAGAGCGGGGAGGGGGCGGUGGGGCUGCCAUAAAGCGAGCGGGUGGGGGGGAGCGCUGGCGGCGGGCGGCGCAUGGCGCUGGGCAGGGGCAGGCUGGCGGGGGAGGAAGAGAGGGCGCGGGUUGUCGCGCUGGCUCGUCGGCGAUAGGAGCGAAUGGCGGAUGCCGCGAUCCCCGGCGGUGGCGAGAUGGAGCUGGAGCUGGAGCAGCAGCAGCGGCCGGAGAAGAGCGGCGCGGGCCUCCUCGGGGCGGAGAGUAACAGAGCGGGAGCCGCCGAGGACGCCACACAAAAUGGCGGACGCUCUGAGGGCAGUGGCGCUGGGGAGGCGCUGCUGGUGGCUGCUGUCGCUGCAGAGGACAAGGGCCCCCCAAACCUCAGCAUCACUAGCGGCAGCCAGCGCAGGAGCAGCGUCUCGGCGGCACCCGAGCAGCAGCAGCCGCCGCCCAGCGAUGCGUUGGGGGGGCCGCCCCCUCUCCCUAAGCCCCCAGAAGACGUGCCUGUUAGGAGGAACUUUCAGAUCCCCAGGAAGAGCAGAGAAAAGAAAGCACUCUUUCAGCCAGUAGCUGUGGGCUCUCGAGAGUUUGAGGAUGUUGUGAAGAUUCUGCAUUCAUCUUACUUGGAACCCGGUUCAGUGUCGAAUUUUAAUUACAAGAGAGCCAGCUUAGUGCACAGUGAACUGUUGGAAAAGGAAUUCACAGAAAAACGCAGAGAGCUGAAGUUUGAUGGUCGCCUAGAUAAAGAGCUUUCUGAAACCUAUGCGUUUCUAAUGGUUGAUCGAUCUCAGAUCCAAAGCAUAUGUGAAAAGGGGCUGCAGGUGGGCCACUCCAAAAUAACAAUUCUUGGCAGCCCUUCCAUGGGUGUGUAUAUCUCCAGGUAUGCUGAUUUAUUGCAACCUAAUCCUCUAGAAGCUGGAGCAACCGGAGAUGUGAUUGUUUUUAAAAUAAUAAAGGGAAAAAUGAAAAGCAUAUAUGACCACAUAGGUAUGAAAACAAUGGAAUCGACAGUGAAGAGUGCAUUAGAUCCAACACCCAAGCAUGAGUGUCAUGUUUCAAAGAAUGCAAAUAAAGUAACCUCCUUGUUGGCUUACCGAGCAUACGAACUUACUCAGUACUAUUUCUAUGAAUAUGGCUUUGAUGAGAUAAGACGAAGACCAAGGCAUGUUUGUCCCUAUGCUGUCGUUUCAUUUACUUACAAAGAUGAAAUGGUGCAAACACCAAAAUUCCUGCCCCCAUCAAGAUCAAACAGCUUCAACACAGAGAGAAGUACAGAUAAAUUUAACUAUACAUUAUGGAGGGGACAGCUCUGGAAUAAAGGCAAACUCCUGUGCCAUGUUUCCUUGAAGUCAGCAGCACGUCCUUUCCUUCCAUGCAAGCUUCCUGAGAAGCUUGAUGUUGAAAAAGUUGUGAGCAUUGACCAACUGAAGAAGAAAAUUUCACCAGCGUUGUUGUAUAAAGAAACUUACCUAGGAGCAAAAGAAGUGUUGAAGAAUGGAAUGUACUGUAGUCUUUAUGAAGUUGUGGAGAAGUCCCGUUCUGGUAGUCACUUGGAGGGAUUACUUCAAAAGCUAGAGAAAGAGAAACUUGUUCUCGUUAAACCACUUCUGGACAGAGGAUUUCUUUUUCUUCUUUCUCCUUGGCAAAUGACAUCCCCUUAUGACCACCAAACUGGACGGUCCCGCAUGUUAAAUGCAUUAUUUCUGUUUCCCGAACCUAGAGGUAUAAUGAGCUCAACACAAAAAAGUGUUCCAUUUGGAACACAGAAAAAUUCAACUACCAUGGUGUUGCACGAAAAUCAGGAGAUCAUUCCAGAAUUCACAAAGUUUAUUCAGUCUCUACAUUUUGCUUUAAUCCAGUCUCGUAAAGACGCUACUGCAGAUUUCAAUACUGUUGUGGAAAAGUAUAUAAAUGAGUAUUUGACAAGAUGCUAUAGUGGCUCUGGAAAAUAUAGAGAAUUUGUAUUAUAUCGGUAUGAAUCACGGUUGGAUGACAAAAAAUUUCUUUAUUCUGCUCCAAAAAAUAAAUCUCAUAUUGACAGCUCCUUGCAAAACUAUAUUUUUGGUUGUGAGGCAUAUCAACUACCUGUUUCUAGAGCUAAGGAAUUGAUGGAGGGAAAUCGGAAACUUCAACAGUUCAGUCCCAUCUCAGAUUAUGAAGCUACAGAAGAAGACUCUGAUUUUGCCAAUGCAAAAAGUGGGAAAAGAAUCCGUGCAAAAUAUGAAGCAACUGCUGCCAAGCGAAAAUUCCCUCAUCACGGAGAUUAUGAUCCUGAUAGACUGAAAGAACUUAUUAACUUAAUCCAAUGUAGGAAAAAAAAUGUAGGUGGAGAUUCUGAUUCCGAAGACCUUAGAAAUAAGAGUGGCCUGAAAAGGAAGCUGGAAAAACAGUCUGAAAAUCUGCGGAAACACUUAAAAAUGAGUGAAGCCUCAGAGAAUAGUUGUCAGUACGAAGGGGGCAGAACCUCGGACUCGCCACAGUCAGUUUUCUCAAUUAUUACUGGUCUUGGUGGACAUGAUACUGACUUGAGGCAGCAAGAUGUUUCCGACCCUGCUGUUACUGACACGCACGGCCUCAUUAAACUGCUUUUAGAAACACUAGCUAGUUCAGGACACAUGGAUUCAUCGUUGGCACGGUCUGUAAAUCAAGCUUUAGGAUUAAACGCUGAUGAAAUUGAAGAGGAUAUGAGACAAAAAUAUGAAUAUGAAUCCAUUCCAGCACAGGACAGAGAUGAUCAUGAGCUUCCUAAUGCUGUUCAGGCUGAAAAUGUUAACUUUAAGGACCCACAGAGCCCUGUGAUGCUGGAAACAGACGCAGCUUGCUUACCCUACCCUAUCGAUGUUGACCUACGGCUUUCAGCUAAUGAAGUAGGCCUUGAACACACACUUCGUUUAAAAGAAGCAAGCACUGGAAGUAUAAGUAGCUUUGAAGACUACAGUCCCUGUCCUAGUACACCUAUAGAACACAUUUAUCGCAGGCAACAUUCCAACUCAAAUAACAUAGGAGAAGUUGGAAUGCACUGGAGACUGAUUCCAAUUACAGGUCUGAAAUCACCAGAAGAACCACUGGUGUUUUUACCACCAAAGGAUGCCUUCCCUAAUGACCCCCGGGUAAUAAAUAGGCAGAGAAGUUCUGAUUAUCAGUUUCCAUACUCUCCAUUUUCAGACACACAAAAGGGGACAGCAGAAGAUGGACUUUGUACAAGACAAGUGGAGAAACUUGAAGAUCAGUGUGGGCUAGCAGAUCAACCUUUUACAACUAAGCAUUCCAUAAGUGCAAUAAUAGAGACUACACUAGUAGAAGAAUAUAAUCUUUUUGCAAAAAAGAUUCAGGAAAUUUUGCAGCAAAAGAAUAUCGCUUAUGUUAGUGGUAUGUCCACACCAGUCUUCUCAGCCCGAGAGAGGAUAAUGAGACUUUCUGAAUACAUUUGUUUACAGGCAUCAGAGAUUUCUGUGCAAGAAUAUAUAGAGACACUGAGUGAAAAACUGCAUAGUGUUAUUUUGUCCUCUUCAAGCGCUAGGCAUACUCCACCAAUUUAUUCUAGUCCUGAAUCAGCAGAAAUAGUUUGUAACGCUGCACUGAAUCCUUCACCCAAGGUGUUACCUGCUUGCAGGGACUCUGACCCAGCAUUACUAUCAGAGCCAUUGUGUAAUAAUGUAAUGGAAAAUGUUGAGUCUAAGGAGCAGCAUUCAGCAAGCUUGCCCUUAGUGAAGGAGGAAAUGGAUCAUGUGAAUGCUAAAACAGAAGAUAUACUGACAUCUGAUCAGACAUCUUCCAGUGGUGAUCUGAUGGGGCAGCCAGAAAAGACACAGAAAUCCGUAGAGAGCUUAAAUAUUUCAAGCCAACCAGCUCUUUCUGAUUUUAUAAGCCAAUUAAAACCUGAAGUAUUUAACAGUUUGGUCAAAAUUAUUAAAGAUGUACAGAAAAACACCGUGAAAUUUUAUAUUCACGAAGAGGAAGAAAGCAUUCUCUGCAAAGAAAUCAAGGAAUAUCUUACAAAGUUAGGUAAUACAGAGUGCCAUCCAGAACAGUUCCUUAAAAGAAGAGCUGAUUUAGAUAAACUGUUGAUAAUUAUUCAAAAUGAAGACAUCGCCAACCUCAUCCAUAAGAUACCUGGCUUAGUAACUUUGAAGAGGCUUUCUUGUGUCAGCUUUGCGGGUGUCGAUAGUUUGGAUGAUGUGAAAAAUCACACUUACAAUGAACUCUUUGUGUCUGGUGGUUUUGUUGUGUCAGAUGAAUCUGUCCUUAAUCCAGAGAGCAUCACAAUAGAUAAACUAAAACAAUUCUUAAAAUUUUUGGAGGAUCUCAAUACACCAGAUGGGAAAUGGCAGUGGAAAGUCCACUGCAAAAUACAAAAAAAACUUAAAGAGCUGGGGAGACUGAAUACUAAUGCCUUGAGUCUGCUGACCCUGCUGAAUACCUACCAAAAGAAGCACUUGGUUGAAAUUCUGUCCUACCACCAUUGUGAUUCUCAAACUCGAAAUGCACCAGAAUUAGACUGUCUUAUCAGGCUUCAGGCGCAAAACAUACAACAGAGGCAUGUUGUCUUCUUAACAGAAAAGAAUCUCAAAACGCUUUCAAAUUAUGCUGAAAAUGGAAUAGUGGUUGCUACUGUUGAUGACUUUAUGCAAAAUUUUAAAAGUCUUGUUGGGUAUCACAACUCUGUUACUGAAGAAAACAGCCUGCCUCCCUCUGAUGCUCAGAAGAGACAAUCAGAUGCUGUUUUGACAUUAACCCCUUUGGAGCUGGGAGUUGGGAUUUCCCAACACUAAACAUGAACACAAUGCGCAGAAGCUUUUAGCAUCGGAGUAACUGGACAUUCACACAGAGGGUUAAGUGUGUAUGUUGAGUAAGUGAACAAGAGUGGCAGAAGACCAAGACUUAAGUGAUAAUGGACUUACAGACCUGAAGCAUAACACUCUGUGAGUAGUGUAUAGCUUUUCUAACAAAAGUUUGUAUUUCAAUAGAAUAGGACUUUCUUUUUUUUUUAAUGUAGUUCUUGUAGAAAACGAUGAAAAGGAUGAGGAGGACAUGUCUCUGGAUUCAGGGGAUGAAGCAUCACAAAUAGAAAUCUGGAAUGAUGCCUCUAAGUAUGAUACAUGUCGCUUGGAAGCUUUGCAGACAGAGGCCAAGGGCUCACAUGGAAUAGAUACAAAAGAAAGCUGUGUAUCAACUACAGAGUUAUCUCCUGAAGCACAAAUUGGUUUGAUGGAAAAGACUUCUAAAAUUGACUUGGAAGAGAUACAGCCAAUUACUCCAGUUUCUACAACAUGUUCUGCUGAAGGAGAAAAACAGAACUCAGUUGAACAAGCUCCUUUUAAUAACUUCCAAGUUUACAGCAGACAAUUAAACAUGUCCCAUCAAUUCAGUCAGUUUAAUGUACUCACUCAUCAGACUUUUCUGGGAACAACAUACCCGAUUUCUGCAAAUCAAAACCAAGAAGGGGGCAAUUAUUUUCUAUCUGCUUACAGUCAGAGCAUGGAUACAGAAAAGUCAUCAUCGCCUGGUGGCUGGGAUAUAAAUUGUGAUUCUUCCAGGCCAUAUUCAAAACAGAAAUAAACUUGUAAGUCUUUUUUAUAAGUUGCUGUGGACUUUUCUGUUUCUAGAAUGGUGGAUUAACAAUUUCUAUUUUAUUCUGGAACAAAAUGUUUCUUGUCCUUUAUCUUAAAUGUUUUCUUGUCUUAUUUAAAACCAUGAUGGCCUGUACCUGUUGGAAGCAUCUGAAAAUUGAAAUAAAUAUAUAUAUUUUUAACAUUU